CAACUCUUUUUUCCUAAUAAAGUAGGGAGUACUCCGUAUGGAGGAACUGAAGAAGUAUCUUAUUUCUCUCUACCAUCACUGGACUGUAUCAGAAGUUUAUUCACGGGAUAAUGGAUCGCAAUAACCUACUUUCACCACUCGUUCCUUCAUGGACAUCGGCUGCCAUGCUACUCUCCUUCUUCGUUUAUCUGGGGAUUGCUGGAUCUGUUCUUCCAGGAAAGCUCGUUCCUGGAGUCAUUUUGUCCGAUGGCACUCGCCUCCAGUAUCGUUGCAAUGGUUUGUUAUCACUUCUUCUGUUAGUUUUACUACUUGGAUUUGGAGCAGGGAUAAAUCUUGUACCGCCCACUGCAAUAGCAGACAAAGGGAUUGAAAUCUUGUCAGUGACAUUUAUAUUCAGUUUUUUGGCAACACUAGCACUCUAUGUUGUUGGAUUCAAGUGCAAAGGUUGCAGCUCAUCUAUGAAGCCUCAUGUAACAGGAAACAUAAUCAGUGACUGGUGGUUUGGAGUACAAUUGAACCCUCAAUUCAUGGGCAUUGAUCUGAAAUUUUUCUUUGUUAGAGCCGGAAUGAUGGGAUGGUUGCUCAUUAAUCUUUCAAUUCUUGCUAAAUGUAUUCAACAUGGAAAUUUAAACCAAUCAAUGGUUCUCUACCAGAUAUUUAGUGGACUGUAUAUUCUUGACUACUUUUUCUAUGAGGAAUUUAUGACCUCCACUUGGGAUAUAAUUGCAGAGAGAUUAGGGUUCAUGCUGGUUUUUGGUGAUCUAGUUUGGAUCCCUUUCACCUUCAGUAUUCAGGGUUGGUGGCUUUUGAGAAACAAAGUGGAGCAAACAACACCUGCUGUAAUUGCCAAUUGUCUUGUUUUCUUGAUUGGGUAUCUUGUGUUUAGAGGAUCAAACAAGCAGAAACAUCACUUCAAAAAGAACCCUAAAGCUCCAAUAUGGGGAAGGCCUCCAAAAGUUGUUGGGGGGAAGUUACUGGCUUCAGGCUAUUGGGGAAUAGCACGUCACUGUAAUUACCUCGGGGAUUUAUUACUUGCCCUCUCCUUUAGUUUACCGUGCGGAAUAAGCUCUGCAGUUCCAUACUUUUAUCCUAUAUAUCUUCUAAUAUUGUUAAUAUGGAGGGAGAGAAGAGACGAUGCUCGGUGUGCCGAGAAGUACAAAGAGGUUUGGAAAGAAUACUGUGAGAUUGUCCCUUGGAGGAUAUUGCCUUAUGUCUACUAAGGAGUUUUUCGCCAUUAUGUUAUUCUUUGAAACAUCAAACUGUUGUAAACCUGAUAAGUUAUGCUUUUGUGAGUGCAGUAAAGUUGAUCAAAAUGUAGUCCCAUUUGUAGUUUCUCAUUGCAAGCAUGGAUUUUGCUCUGCAUUCCAUACUCGGGAUUAAUAAUAUUUAAAACCACGU